AUGCUUCAUCUCGGAGUCCAGUGUUCGCUUGAAUCCUGCAACACCGUCGAUUUCCUUCCAAUUCUCUGUCAAUGCAACAGAUACUUUUGCAGAGACCAUAUACAGCCAGAUGCCCACCCAUGUGCUGCGGCUAGCCCAAAUAACGACACCAAUCACAGAGUCCCAAACUGUGAGAAGCUGGCUCGAUGUGAUUUCAAGAAAUGUCAGAAACCUAGUCUUGAGGCCUUUAUGGCCAGUAUAUCCAAUCCAGAGGACUCCAGCAGGAUCAGGGCAGUCUGUGAGCAUUGUUCUUUGGCGUUCUGCGCAGAGCACCGACACCCGAAAUCGCAUUCUUGUUCGCCGCCUCUUGUUCAAGGGGAACCAAAGAAUAAAGCGGCUCUGAAAUUGCUAGAAAAACAUUUCCCCUCGACCAACACCGCACCGUCGUCCUUUCGCCGCACAGCACCCAAAAUACCCACCGAUCCCGCUAAAUUAGCCAAAUAUCAGAAAGUCGAAAUGAUGAAGCUACGGCACCACGCUAAACCCGGUGAUCCUUCCAAAUCUAACGGAGACGUCCCUGUGGGUGACCGUUUACACGUUAAAGUCAGUGUCGGGACAUGCUCGGACGAGAAAUCUCUCUGGUUUACAAAGAACGUCACCACUGGGAAGGCAUUAGAUUGCCUUGUCAAACAAUUCAGCCUCUCCCGACCUACGGCUGUUAAUCCACUACGGCUCUAUCUCAGGGCUCUCGCUGAUCCAGGCACGCUCACCGAGCUACCCAACGACAAACCAUUAUCACUUCUAGUCACUGAUGGCUCCAGCCUAUUCAUUACAAGCACCCAUAUUUAA